AUGGCGCGAGGGCCAGGUGCAGCAGCAGCAAGCAUGGUGGCAUCAGGUCAGCAGCAGCAACACCAGCAGCCGGUGCCGCCGCCGACCACAGGAGCUCAGAGACCCCACCACCACCAUCACCGAUUCGGAAGAGGUGAGGGCGGCUUGAAGGCUUUGCGAAGGGCGAAUCCGUUUGUGUUGACGGAAGAAGAGACGGGUGGACAGGAGCUCAUCAACCCCAGCCCUUGCACCCAGGAAGAUGACCAAGAGGUCGAGGGCAUUCCCGUUGGCCGCGUCCUCAACGUCCGCGGCAAAUUGGUCCUGCAGUCACUGAAAGGCUUUGAGCACCUGGAUUUCAAUAAUGUAGUCAGCGAGCAGAAUAAGCCCCAGGCCGAUUUACCAGUCAAACCAGAACCGGCACGAGACGUGAACGCUAAGGUACUUGGGCCUGAGGCAUAUGCUCCCUCAAAGAUUCAGGAGCUUUCCAAAGCUCAUGAUGACAAUGCAGAGCCGCCUAAAUCAAAGUCACGGAAGAAGUCAUCAGCAAAACCCAGAGCACAACGCAAGCAGGCCGUCAAGCGCACUCGGUCAAUAGCUCAGCUCAACGAAUGCGAAGACAAAGAAAAGAUCGUCAAGACAGUUCCAACGCAAACCUUCUACAUUGCUGAUAUCGAUGCUUUGCGAUUUUUCUAUGAGACUCGGCUAAGCGAGCUCACUCUCAAACCCAUCCGUAAGAUUUUGACUGAAUGGGUUGCCAUCGUCACCCCAAAGCGAAGGAAGUACUACGGAAAGUACUCCAAGAAGUGUUUCCCUAGCCAACUCCCAAAGGGUCAUUGCCCACCCUGGUGGCCAGAUGAUGUCCACUAUGAGGAGCCUUCCCACCUGGAGAGCGCUCCUUUAAAGAAGUUGGGUGCUCAGAUAAUGCUACUCCACCGCUUCACCAGCCCUGAGACUGGUGAGCCACGUAACAACUGGAUUCGGGACCUCAGGAGAACCGCAGAGUACAGUGUCAACGUAACUCCACUCGGUGAUUUCACUUCGUCCAGCAUGACAGAUACGAAAGGCUUCUCUCGAUACAAUGCUGAUAUGAAGACCCGAGCAUUGAAUAUCAUAAUACCGGACCUAUUCGACACAGCGCAGUCCUUCGAAGACCACGUCGCCUUCUACGAUCUUUACGACGGCAAGACCAAUGAAGAUCCCGACUCCCUACGCGGCAAACAGCAUACAUGGGCGUCGAUUCCAAGACCUGAACGCACCAUCACUUUCAAGCCAACUGCAGAAAAGAAGCGUCUACGAAUUGCUGAGCGCGACUCAGCUUCAGCAGAAACUGUCGAGGACCCCGAAAUGAAUAUGGCCAGACGCGGGUCGACCAGUGGAACGAAAAGUCGCCGGUCAUCGCGUGCCAGUCCAAGCCCUCCUCCUGUACGCAGGGCCAGUAUGCCCCGACCUCGUAUUGUUCCCGAUGCGGAGCCGGAGCCUCCGGUCCAAAGGCAUUCGACGGUGCCACUGCCUAUCGCACAGCAACAACUGGUGGCUGGUCUUGCUCCCUUAUCCCUCUCGACCACAGUCGCAGCCCAUCCAGCCAUAAUGCCUCCGCAGCCCACCUUCCAGAGCUCGGAGAUUCCCGUAACCCAGGCAUAUCAUGGACUUCCAGUCUCAUACGUCCCGUACCCAGAACCCAGCAUGAACGAACUUCAGUCGUAUCAGUCGUACGUUCGAAAUGGUAAUGGCAUGGGCUAUGUGAUGCCGAGAUGGCCUACCGCCGAUCAAUGUUAUCCUCCAACGCCUAACUUUCACCCUCAACAGAUGCCUCAGUUCUUCUCGACGCUGCCGCACAACUCAACACAUGGUCUCUCGAGCUCGGGGCCACCAUGCACAAACACUUACACAGACAUGAGCAGCCAGAACUACAUGGGUCCCAUCUUCAACAGUGCAAUGCCCAUUUCCAACAUGGAUCUGCCUGUCCCUUCUCCCAUGGACUGCAAGAUGUCGUUCGGGAGCACCAUGUCCUUCGAUUCUAACCCUGCUGAGGAUAUGGCCCGACCAAUGGAGGAGCAACGUGGCCCAUUUCUUCCCCUCAACCGUCACGGACAACAACAAUUGCAGUGA